AUGCCUGAAGAACGGAGCGCCGAAAAGAGACCCGCUUUGCCGGCGGCGUCUCAAACAAGGUCCCCACCGAGCUCCCGGAGAGCUCUAGUCUGCAUAUUCGGCUUCAUUCUAUCAUUUCUGGUUGUUUACGGACUUUAUACCCCAUGGAGCAGCUUCAUCGAUACGGGCAGAUGGUUUCCCGGGACAUUCAAUGAACUCGACAUCGAUGCAGACAAUGACUUGUAUCUCGUCGGUGCUGGCCGAGCUGACAUUACCGGCCCGGUUGUAGAAAUCAACAUGAUGGGUUAUGCAGACCCUAAACAGCUUGGCACUGGCCUUCGACAGAGAUUGUAUGCCCGAGCAUUCAUCGUAGGAAGCACCGAACGACGCAACGACAGGUUCAUCUACCUCGUGCUUGACACACAGUCGGGAGACACAGCUGUUCGUUACGGUGUACUUCACGGGCUCGCCGAGCUAGGCUUCGACUACUCCAUGUAUGGACAUCACAACUUGGCACUGACUGGGACACACUCGCACUCUGGUCCGGGCGCCUGGCUCAACUAUCUCCUACCGCAAAUCACGAGCAAAGGCUUCGACCAGCAAAGUUACAGAGCCAUCGUUGACGGUACCUUGUUGGCCAUCCGUCGUGCACAUGAGAGCCUAGAGCCGGGGCAUCUCAGUAUUGGCUCAACAAAGGUCACUGGCGCAAACAUCAACCGCAGCCUGUACUCGUAUAUGGCGAAUCCGGAAGAAGAACGUGCCAAAUACAACGUCAGCGCUGAGAAUGACGGGUCGGUUGAGAAAGACUUGACAUUACUCAAGUUCCAACGAGCGUCAGACGGGAAGAGCAUCGGUGCCUUGACAUGGUUUCCCACCCACGGCACAUCCAUGCUCGGCAAUAACACUCUCAUUUCGGGAGACAACAAGGGAGUGGCAGCAUGGCUAUUUGAGAAAAGUAUGCGAAAGUCGUCUGAUGCGACCAAGGGAUUCGUCGCUGGAUUCUCCCAGGCCAAUGUGGGCGAUGUGAGUCCAAAUGUGCUAGGCGCUUUCUGCGAGGACACCGGCGAGCCUUGCGACUUCAAGACAAGCACUUGCAGUGACGGGAAAAGCCAAAAGUGUCACGCCAGGGGACCAUUCUUCCGUGAGAAGGAUGAAGGUGCCUCGUCUUGCUUUGAGAUCGGCAAGAGGCAGUACACAGCUGCUAAGGCGCUAUUCGACGACAUGGGAUCCAAGUCUCAGCGAGUUCGUGGCUCGUGGGUAAAGUCUUUCCAUGCCUUCCACAAUAUGUCAGAAUUCCACUUCGAGCUUCCCAACGGAACGGAAGUGAGAACCUGCCCUGCAGCGUUGGGCUACUCAUUCGCAGCUGGAACGUCUGAUGGUCCUGGGGCUUUUGACUUCACCCAGCACAACUCGAACUCGACUAAUACGAACCCUCUAUGGAAGGUUGUUGGCGGUUUGUUGAAGGCACCAACGGAAGACCAAGUCGCCUGUCAUUCCCCCAAACCCAUUCUACUCGAUGUUGGCGAAGUAUUCAACCCAUACCAAUGGACACCCAACAUUGUAGACAUUCAAACAUUCAGAGUCGGCCAGCUGAUCAUCAUUGUCAGCCCGGGAGAGGCUUCGACCAUGGCGGGAAGACGAUGGAAAGAUGCAGUCAAACACCAGGCUGAGUCCUUGUUUGCUGAAGAGACUGAUGCGAAGCCGGUCGUUGUGAUUGGAGGACCAGCAAACAGUUACACUCAUUACAUUACAACACCACAGGAAUACGGAAUACAACGAUACGAGGGUGCUUCAACUCUGUAUGGUCCUUACACGCUGGAUGCAUACAUUAACCGGACGCUCAAUUAUCUCCCGACGCUGGGAGCUUCGUUCGCCAAAGGACCUCCUGCUCACGCUGGAGGACCUUAUCCUCCAGACAACACAAACCGCUCCCUGAGCUUCAUCACUGGCGUAGUGCGAGAUGGCACACCCGUUUUCCGCAGCUUCGGCGACGUCAAGACUGACGUGGAGGACAACUACGCCAUCGGGGACGUCGUGAGAGCCACAUUUGUCGGAGCUAAUCCGCGUAACAAUUUGCGCCUGGAACAGACGUACGCAGCUGUCGAGAGAUUAACCAUUGACAAAGGAGCCAUCAAGAGAUGGGACACCGUGCGGACCGAUUACGAUUGGAACCUGAUCUUCCACUGGAAGCGGACGAGCGACAUACUCGCCACGAGCGAGGUUGAGAUUGUAUGGGAGACGGAGAGCGAUGCGAAGCCGGGGACGUACCGCUUCCGCUACUAUGGGGAUUCCAAAUCGCUGGGCGGAAAGAUCACAAGUUUUGAAGGAGUCAGCGGGCAGUUCAAAUUGCACUGA